CUCCCCCCCUCGCCACUGGCACGGGUCUGUCGGGGACCGCUAUGAGCAUCACAAUGUCUGGGUGACUGGCGGUCCCCCCGGCCCAUAUCGACGACCCUCUUUCCUCGAGUCCUUCCCAAUCGACCACUGGCCUUCCACAUCCUCCACAAUGUCUAGCAACUCCAGCAACUCGAACAACCCUGUCGACAGCCAAGCCAACCCUCCCACAGUCCAAGACAACAGACGCCGCUCCAGCGGCCAUGGCCCCUCGACGCUGUUCGAGAGUCUGACCAACCAGAAGCGCAAAUCCGGCGAUGUCGGCGCGACUGCCCGUCGGGCCAGUUACAACGAGCAGGGUACCAAGGGCGGCUACUUCGCCAAAAUGUGGGAUGAAUAUACCCGCGGUAAAUAGGGGGUUUAACUUGUUUUCAUCUUUCUCUCCUUGUAUCAGUGGCUUCUGUUUUUGAAUAUGCAUUGUGAGAGAAAGGGAGAUUGAUGUGUCUUUAUACGCAUGUUGGUCCCUUCAUCUGUGGUUGCUAUUCCAGGAUGCUUGAACUUGGCGGAGCUAGAUGCAGAAUGAUGUGGGGGGAUUAGUCGGGUAUGUGCAUAUGUUAAUGAAUGUCAAUGCAACUUCA